ACUCACAAUAACAACUGCUCGCGAGUCCACGUUUGAUUUCCUUCCUUUGCGGCUAAAAAAAGUUCCCGGAUCGCGACGAUUGUGCCGGAAUCUGUGACCGAAUUUCGCGUUUUUCGAGUGAUUUUUGGAACUUGAUUGUGCUAGUUUUGAGGCUCAGUGAACAAGCAACACAUCAUCAUGCCUCCCAAGAAGAUCCUGGAACCGGAAGUGAAGCCGCUGAUUGGUCGCAUCGGUACCAAUCUGCGCAUCGGUAUCGUCGGUGUACCGAAUGUGGGCAAGUCCACCUUCUUCAACGUGCUGACCAAGAGUGCGGCCCCGGCGGAAAACUUCCCCUUCUGCACGAUCGACCCGAACGAGAAUCGAGUCCCGGUUCCGGACGCUCGAUUCGACUAUCUCUGCGAGUACCACAAGCCCGCAAGCAAAGUUCCGGCCUACCUGAACGUGGUGGACAUUGCCGGACUGGUGAAGGGUGCCGCCGAAGGUCAGGGACUGGGCAACGCUUUCCUGUCACACAUCAGCGCCAGCGAUGCCAUCUUUCAUCUUUGCCGCGCAUUCGACGAUCCGGAUGUGACGCACGUCGAGGGCGAGGUGGACCCGGUCCGGGAUCUCGGCAUCAUCUCCGAAGAGCUGCGGCUGAAGGACGAGGAGAAGCUGCUGGUCAACCUGGACAAGCUGGAGAAGCUGGUGACCCGAGGGGGCGACAAGAAGAUCAAGCCUGAAUAUGAAACGCUCCUCAAGGUCAAGCAGGUGCUGGUCGAUGAAAAGCGGCACAUCCGGUUUGCCGAUUGGAGCGCCCACGACAUCGAGGUGCUGAACCACUAUCUGUUCCUCACCUCGAAGCCGUGCAUCUAUCUGGCCAAUCUGUCCGAGAAGGACUUCCUGCGCAAGAAGAACAAGUGGCUGCCGAAGAUCAAGGAGUGGAUCGACAAGAACGAUCCGGGCGCCUCGCUGAUUCCGUUCUCGGGCCUGUUCGAGCACAAGCUGGCCGAGUUCGAAUCGGACGCGGAACGAAAAGCGUACGAGGAGGAAACCAAGUGCACCUCGAUGCUGGACAAAAUCAUCACGACCGGGUACAAGGCGCUGCAGCUGGAGUACUUCUUCACGGCUGGCCCGGACGAGGUGAAGGCCUGGACCAUCCAGAAGGGCACCAAGGCACCGCAGGCGGCCGGCCGCAUCCAUACGGACUUCGAGAAGGGCUUCAUCAUGGCCGAAGUGAUGCACUACAACGACUUCAAGGAGGAGGGCAGUGAAGCGGGAGCCAAGGCGGCCGGCAAGUACCGCCAACAGGGACGGAACUACGUCGUCGAGGAUGGUGACAUCAUCUUCUUCAAGUUCAACGCCGGCGCGGGCCUGAAGGACGCCAAGAAGAAGUGAUACCACAAAAUGGCCACGGUCAUCAUGGUGUUGCUGUAUCUGAACAUGAUUUUCUACUCGCAACUGUUUCUGCCUCAGCUGCAUUAGAUUAUUAGUUAUGGUUAAGAAAGAUUGGGACAGUGGCGGGAAAGCAUGGCCGGAAUCACGUGAUUUUUUUUUCAAAAUUUGUUUUCAAUAAAACAUCUAUUGCAGUUCAUAUUCAAAACAUUCAAGUUUUUAAUGGAGGGAUUCCCAAAUGGAAUCUUUCACACACAAAACAGGACUAAACACAUUAGCGAGAUUCAACAUAAUAAAGAGAACCAUUCAAUAACAUUGGAUAAGACAUAACAAUAAUUGUGAAACAUGUUUAAUGCUAAGCUAAUAUAUUAUUCGUUUUGUGUAAAAUUUGCUGGUGUAUAAAA